AUGGCUUCUCCGCGCGUAUACUUCGCCGCCUCAUCUCCGCGCAGCUUCGCGCCAACCACCCCCACUAGCCAGCUUCUAGGGGACUCCUCCAUAGCCCAAGGAUCAGGCGGUGGCAGUUCGGUAGGGUUAGAGGAGCUUCAAGAUGCGUACUUGUCAGAGCUGCUCUCCUACAGCCUGGAUCGAUUAAACAAGGAGCCGGAGCUGCUGCGCGCCGAUGCGGAGAGGGUGCAGCGGCAGAUGCAGGAGGUGGCGGUGGCGCAUUACCGCGCGUUCAUCACCGCUGCUGACGCCAUCCGGUCCAUCCACCGGGAGAUCAACUCCGUCGACCAACACCUGGGGUCUCUGGUGUUGGAGAUCCCUAAGCUCACCACUGGGUGCAAUGAGUUUCUGGAGGAGGCCCAGGGGGUGAUGGAAAAGAGGCGGCUGAACAAGACAAUGCUUGCCACCCACCCCACGCUCAUGGACCUUCUAGAGAUCCCACAGCUCAUGGACACCUGUGUGCGCAACGGCAACUACGAUGAGGCCUUGGACCUGGAGGCGUUUGUAGCUAAGCUCGCCACCAUGCAUGCUAAACUGCCUGUGAUCCAGCAGCUGGCAGUGGAAGUGAGGCACACCACGCAGGCCAUGCUGUCACAGCUGCUGCUGCGGCUGCGAUCCAACAUCCAGCUGCCCGAGUGUCUGCGUGUGAUUGGCUAUCUCCGGCGACUGGCGGUGUUUUCAGAAACAGAAAUGCGGCUCCAGUUCCUGCGGUGCAGGGAGGCGUGGCUGGGGGAGGUGGUAUCUGAGCUGGACCCGUCAUCCCCCUACGACUAUCUGAAGCGCCUCACCGACUGCCACCGCGUGCACCUCUUUGACGUCGCCACGCAGUACCAUGCCAUCUUCGCCCACCACUCCUCCAAUUCCCCAGAUUCAUCGAACCUGGACGAGGAUUCGGCCGCGCUCGCGGCUCUGCUAGGGGACGGGGGAGUGGGGGGAGGAGCCGGGGGAGGGGCCGGGGGGGUUUUGGGGAAGUAUGGGAAGGGCAGGGCGGGAGGUGGGGCGGUUUUGAAUGGGUGGGGGGGUGGGGGAUCGGGUGGGGAUGGGGGGCUGGUGUAUGGAUGGGCUAUGCAUCGGGUGGCUGUGUAUUUAGCAGCGCUGGCGCAGCAUCUGCCGAGGAUCGAGGAUGGGGGGUCGCUGGCGAGCGUGCUGGAACACUGCAUGGUGAGAUGGGCGGCAUGUCUUGGCCGAGUGGGGCUGGAUCUCAGAGGCCUCCUGCCACCCCUCUUUGAAUCGUGUGUGCUGGGGAUGUUCCAGCGCAACAUCUCCUUUGCUGUCGACUCUUUCCAUCAUGUGUUGGAGACACACAGAUGGGUACCUCUCCCCUCCAUGGGCUCUGCUGCUCGCAUGGGCCUGGGAGGCGAAUCCCUCAAUGACGUGGCGCCACCGUAUUCGCUCAUGGAGCACCCGCCACUGGCCGCCUUCGUGAAUGGCAUACUGGCAGCACUGAACGAGUUAAGGCACUGUGCGCCAACAUCCCUGAAGCAGCAGCUGGCAGGGGAGGUGGAGAGGGCGCUGGCUGUGGUGGCGGGGUCGCUGGGUCGCUACAGUCACACGCACAUAAUCAAGGACUCCGAGGCUGCUCUCUUUAUUAGCACGUGCAAGGCGUUUGUAGAGGUGGUGUGCCCCUACGUGGCUGUGUGCUUCUCCCGCUGCUACGGCUCCCCUGCCACUCUCGUAUCCACGCAAGCAGCGUGCGAACCCGUGAAGCAACUCAUUCUCGCCUCCAUGCCCCCUGCUGCCGCUGCCGAUGCUGAUGCUGAUGCCGGUGCUGCUGGGGUGGGUGAGGGGCAGGAGGGGGAGGAGGCAGGAGAGGGAAGGAGAGGAGAUGGGGAGGCUGGGGAAGGAGAGGGGGGUCAAGGGGAGGAGCAGGUGGGUGUUUCUGUGAGGGAUGGUAGUGGAGGUGAAAAUGUUAUCACCGAUGGUGAUAUGGCGCCUGGUGGCCAAUCAGUAGCAGGAGGGGGAAGUAGAGGAGAGGGGGGAGCGGCAGGAGGUGAAGGGACAUCCGUGCAAGGGUUGAAACCAGCCGCACCUGUAGGUGUAGGAGCAGAUCAGAUGAGAUGA